AUGACUCUCCAAGUAAUGGAUCAAGAAUUUCAGCAUAUUCUCCGUAUUAUGAAUACUAAUGUCGAUGGUCGUCAAAAGGUUAUGUAUGCUUUAACUGCUAUAAAAGGUAUUGGUAGACGUUUUUCAAACAUUGUAUGCAAGAAAGCUGAUGUUGAUUUAAGGAAACGUGCAGGUCAAUUGACGCAAGAUGAGGUCAAUCGUAUUGUAGCUAUUGUAACAAAUCCAUUACAAUUUAAUAUUCCUUCAUACAUGCUAAAUCGCCAAAGGGAUUUAAAAGAUGGUAAAUAUAAGCAUAUGACUUCUAAUAAUUUGGAAGCAUCUUUACGUGAGGAUUUAGAACGUCUUAAGAAAAUUAGAAGUCAUAGAGGUCUUCGUCAUCACUGGGGUAUUCGUGUACGUGGCCAACAUACGAAGACAACUGGUCGUGGUUGUCGUGUUGCAAGCUCUGGAAAGAAGAAGUAA